GUGACCUUUAUAGUCGUCGUGUCUUAACUUUCUUUCCCCAACUCUCUCUCUUCUUCUCUCUUCACCAUUUUAAUUUUAUUUUAAUUAGUAUUUUUAACAGAUCUGGUUGAAUUUUUAUCACUUGACCCCACUGGAUCUCUCUUGACAGAAACAAAGGAUUGAACCAUGAAGAAUUGUGAGAGAAUCGCCAAUCUCGCUCUCGCAGGUUUGACAGUGGCACCACUCGUUGUGAAUGUGAACCCGAACUUGAACGUUGUUCUUACGGCAUGUCUCACUGUUUACGUGGGUUGCUUUCGUUCUGUGAAGGAUUCUCCCCCAACGGAGACGAUGUCGAAAGAACAUGCUAUGCGUUUCCCGUUGGUUGGGAGUGCUAUGCUUCUCUCGCUUUUCUUGUUGUUCAAGUUUCUCUCUAAGGACUUGGUUAAUGCCGUGCUCACUGCUUACUUCUUUGUUCUUGGGAUCGUCGCUCUUUCGGCGACGUUGUUGCCUGCCAUCAGCAGGUUUCUGCCAAAACCAUGGAAUGAUAAUCUUAUCGUCUGGCGCUUUCCUUAUUUCAAAUCUGUGGAGGUAGAGUUCACAAAGUCACAAGUUAUUGCGGGAAUCCCUGGAACUUUCUUCUGCGCAUGGUAUGCUUGGAAAAAACAUUGGCUGGCUAACAAUAUCCUCGGCCUUUCCUUCUGCAUUCAGGGAAUUGAGAUGCUCUCUCUUGGAUCAUUCAAGACUGGUGCCAUCCUUUUGGUAGGACUGUUUUUCUAUGAUAUUUUCUGGGUUUUCUUUACCCCAGUGAUGGUUAGUGUUGCCAAAUCCUUUGAUGCUCCGAUAAAGCUUUUAUUCCCUACGGGUGAUGCUCUAAGACCCUACUCUAUGCUUGGACUUGGUGAUAUUGUCAUUCCUGGUAUUUUCGUUGCACUGGCUCUGAGAUUUGAUGUGUCAAGACGCAGCAAACCACAGUACUUCACAAGUGCAUUUGUGGGAUACGUUGCUGGAGUUGUCCUCACCAUUGUAGUCAUGAACUGGUUUCAAGCAGCACAGCCUGCUUUGUUAUACAUUGUCCCAGCCGUCAUUGGGUUCUUAGCUUCUCACUGCAUUUGGAACGGUGACAUCAAACCGUUGAUGGCGUUUGAUGAAUCAUCGAAGAGUACUGAGGAGGAAUCGAAGAGUAGUGAGGGAGAGGUUAAUAAAAGUCAUGCAGAAUGAAGAAAUGGUGGAGAAAGAAGGGGCAGCGAGGAGAAAAGUAUUUAUACACAUGAAUGUGUGUUUUAUAUGUAUGGAAACGGAAGGAAAACAGUUUUUGUUUCCAGUUAUCAUCAGUCCCUUCAAGAUAGUUCACCCUUCUUUUUUUUGUUCUAUUUAGAUUUUCAAAUAUAUUUUCGCAAAGACUAAUGUAAGUUAAUACAAGUUACAACAGGUUUCCUUUUGACUUGUUUCUUUUUUCGUCC